UCCCUCCCUCCCUCCCAUCCGCUUCCCAUCAUCAUCAUCGCCCUGCCUGCCAGAGGUUACACCAGACCAGGCUACGCUCGCAAAAAUGUGAUUUCGUACGAAUACGGCAGGAAGUUGAACGUCCGAGGUCUGUUCGCCACCGUCUGCGGAGUAAACAGCGGGUCGAGGAGGAGACGUAUGCGCCGGAGCAGCUCGGGGAUUUUCAAGGUUUCUGGCGGAGGUUGUCGGACGGGACAGCGCAGCAUCAACUGAGGCUCGGAGCGGCGGUAACUAGGCCCUGUUCCCCUUCAGGUUCCCGGCGCAUUUGCUCUGACCUCCCUUAUCUGAAGAGAUGCUGCCGUGCCUGCGAAGAGUCCUGCGGCCUGCCUACUCCCUGAGAGCCGGGGCUGGGCUUGCCAGAGCCGGACUCCGCGCUAACCACCGGGCGUCCGCGCCGCGCUUCGCCGCGGAGCCGCCGCCGCUGACCGCGCUGGUGCAGCGGUGUCACCUGGGCACUCACCCCCUGAAGGAGCCCGUGGAGCCGCUCAACUCUCCGCGCGGCGCCAAGGAGUUUAUUUACAGCCUGCACCCCUCCGAGCGCACCUGCCUGCUGCGGGAGCUGCACAGGUUCGAGUCCAUAGCCAUUGCUCAAGGGCAACUGGAAAUCGCACCGCCUACUGCAGCACAGUUAAGAUACGUUUUGCUGCACAAUGCUCUUCCUUUCGUUGGAUUCGGAUUCCUGGACAACUGCAUCAUGAUUGUUGCCGGCACGCAGAUUGAGUUAUCCAUCGGUGUGAUCCUCGGCAUUUCAACCAUGGCAGCUGCUGCCCUCGGCAACCUGGUAUCUGAUCUGGCAGGACUGGGGCUGGCAGGUUACGUGGAGGCCUUGGCGUCUCGGCUGGGGAUGCAGAUUCCUGACCUGAGCCCGAAGCAGGCUGAUAUGUGGCAGACCAGAGUCAGCUCUCACACGGGUAAAGCCAUCGGCGUGGGCAUCGGCUGCAUCCUCGGCAUGUUUCCUCUUCUCUUCUUCAAGGACGAGGACGAGAAGAAGAAGAAAGAGGGCAAGGAGGAGGUGAAGGAAAAAACACAGUCGCUGCCUGCUCCAACAGAGAGCAGUAAAAACUGAGGCUUAAUAACUCACUGGAGACAAAUACUAUAUGAAAUCCAUAAGAAUACUUGGCUUAACCUGAGACUGAUUGGUCUUGCGCUGUGCGUUCUAAUCACCAGGCACUUUGCACGGCUCAAUCAAAGGUAUUCUGAAGAGGAUUUUAGAUAUUAUUUGACUGUGGACUCUGAACGUAAGCACAGGAAUGGGUCAUCUCUCGAAGAGAAACGAUUGGACUGCUGCUAACCGCUGCACCAUAACUGACGGAUACGAGCUGAAACGUGUUUAUUGCGGUGGCCUCUGUCUCCUCUGUUGUGAAUCGGUUCAAUGGAAGAAAUAUAAACUUGUGACUCUAAAUGGUUAGAUGGCAAAUAGGGUAACUGUCAGUUUGAAAACCAGUGCAGGGACACUAUAGGAACGUCAUUAAAAAUAUCUUGCUAAAGUUAGAGGCUUCUUGUUUUUCUGUCAAAAAGAGUCGUAACUAAUACAGGAAGACUGAACAAACACUAAUUGCAGUAGUUUAAUUCAGUGUUAAAAAUCACAUUCUAAAGUUUUUUUGUGUGUUACCUAAACAGUUUUUAUUUAUUUUUUAUUAUUAAGGAAAGAGAUUUUUAAGCAUGUUUAGUUAUAUCUACUCUACUCUUAAAGUGUACUUGUAUGAUCAGCCAAUACAGGAACAUUACAAAAAACAAAACAUGUGUGAAUGUAAAGAGGCAACUUCACAAAAUCACUUACGGAGCAGUUUGAAGAAGAGAGGAGCUGAACAGAUGUCCAUUAUUAUAGUGUGAUAUUAAUCUGCCCCAUGUAAUGCAUUAGGUAACUGGAACCAAACUGCAACAUGUUUCAUUCAAUGUAAGAUAGAUUUGUUUUAUCUUACCUGAUAUGAGAUAAUUGUUACCCGAUUUUCAUUCUGUGAAAAAGCUGCUUUUACUAACGCACACCUAUAUAUAUCUUCCUGUACCUGCCUCAUACUGUUUGUUCUACUGCCCUCUACUGGUUAAGGGAUAGAAAACAAAAUACAUUUUAAUUCAGCAGUCCUGCACUGAAUCUUAGCUUCGUGACUGAUAUGAUGUUCAGUUUAGGUUGAAGCUGCUUAAGGAAGAGGGGCUAAUUCAACUGCAUCAUAAUUUUGCGGUAUGAAGUUUGCGUUAUUUAACUGCGAAACAUGUAGCGCUGCAAACGCAAUACAUUUCAACAGCACUGCAAACGACAGGCGAAAAAGAAAACACGGUUGAAUCAACACCUUUCUCUGUUAUUUCCAACAAAUGCUGAAUACCAUAAACGUCUUGAAGCUGAGAUGUAGUGCAGUGUCACAUCUGAACACAUUGGUUUUCAAUGGUGUACCCAGUGAACUGACAAUAGCAACUGUUUGCUGUCCCUGAUGAGUAUUCACUCUCCCAAAUUUUGGCUGCUAAGGUUCCCAACUUUAAUUUAUAACUUUAUCUUUAUUGUCCUAAAUAUGUCUCUCGUCUGUAUAUGCAAACUAGGUUAACAAUCUGCAGACCUUUUUCUUUUUUUUGUUUUGGUCAGGUCACUGAAGACUUUAUGUGGCGUUGAGUCUGUGUGAGAACUCAAAUCAAAGGAAGCAGAAUGGAGUUAUAUAUGAGAAAAUGUAUUUAUUUUUGUUAUAAUAUCAAGACUUGUAUUCAAGUAUGUCCUGACCGUGUCUUCUCUUGAACUCAAAGAACGGCGGUAAGGAAACUUUGGUCGGCACAAGAUACAUCUUUGUGACUGUUUUCAACAGCUGUUCCUAACAUGAAGGACCUUGUAACUUACUGGAUAUUACUCCACUUGCUAAACGUGUUUUAAAAACUUCACAGAGGAGACUAAGCCUGUGUAUGAUGUUAUUGACCGUGACCCUACAAGAAGGUUUGAGAAAAUAUAUAGUUAGGAUUUUCAAUCUGCUGAUUGCUCGAUUUCCACCUUGCAUGCACUGCUAAUAAAAAAAAAGACUGAACAUUUAAAAAAAAAAAACUGAGUCGUUCUGAGGUUAUGCACUACAGCAAGACAUGCUUCACUGGACGCAAACUAAAGGAGGACACAAAGAGACGAACAUGAACAUUUUCAUGGCUGCCUACAAAGCUCACAUGUUUCCCUUUUGGACAGCCACUUCUAAUAAACACAAAUAAUAAUCAUUUUAAAUAGAGUUGUCGGUCUUAGUGCACAGAGGUUCUGCAGAUUAAUAACAGAGCCCUCUACUAAGAUGUGAACUGAUUAAUUACAGAGUGUAGAUUUAGACCCAGCGUGUGUGUGUGUGUGUGUGUGUGUUUGGUUGCUAUUAGAAUAAGAAAAACAACCUCUUGAUGGGGAAAUGUGACUCCAAUUAAAGUAGCUCUUUCUCCUCCUUAAACUGUCAUUAAACUGCUUGUCUCAGACAAAAUAUGUCAAAAAUACUGCACCGCUUCACAAAUCAUUUUGUGUUACUGGAAGGAGGGCAAUUGAGACCUACGUCUUGUGCGUCAUUUUUGAAUUGUUGUGAAUUAAUAUUUGAAAGUCAGAUGAAAUGUUAAAUGACUGUAAAAGCUCAUUAAAUUGUUCCUUGUGGGCAUCA